AUGCUUAAGAAAACUGUUCUCAGCAACUGCAGUCUGACAGAUGGAGACAUUAAUUCGGCUGCUGGUUGGGAAUUACCCAAUUUGCUAGAACUCAAUCUACAAGAAAAUGGAUUUGUUCGGUUGGAUUUUAGUCUCUUGCUACUUCCUCAGCUCAAAUGUCUUGACAUAAGAUACUGCAAAGACCUUGUAGAAUUGUCGGAGCUGCCAUUAAGUAUAGCUGUUGUUUUAGCGGAUGGUUGUUUCUCACUUGAAAGCUUUGGAGAUAUUUCAAACUGUAAAUGGUUGUGGAAAGUCACUCUUACUGGGAACCACAAACUUGGUCCACUUGUUUGUGACAUGUUACUAAACUCCAUGCUCCUGGGAAACGCCAAACAUUACUUUAUCAGUAUCAACCUUUCAGGCAUUGACAUUUGGAGUGGGCCAUCUGUAGUUUGGAUCAACUGGGUGAAGGCUUGUAAUAUGACGCUUCCACAUGACUGGUACAAUCACUUUUCUGGGAUUCUGAUGUUUGUCAGAUCUGAGGACCUUCAUAUGGGCAUUAAUAUAAGUAUAAAGCAAGGCUUAGAUGAAGAUUUUCAAUCUCAGAUUUGGCAGGAGUCUGAUGAAACACCUGAUCCUGAAUAUCAAGAGACAUGUGUAGGAUAUGUUUCGUUUAGUUCAUUGAGGCACACAAGAUGCUUGAAUUCGACAUACAAUAUCAUCUCAUUUUCUUUUGGCACUGAGGAUUUGUAUGGAAAUGGGAAUAGGUUUAGAGCUGUACUCAUUCCUAAAGAUUAUGAUCCGAUGCAAACAACAAAAGUCACAACAGAUUGGUUAGAUUUUUGGGAUGAGGAAGAUGAUUCCAAAAAAGACAUUUAG